CACAUAUUUCGUGACAUAUGACAGUAGCUUUUUGUGUUUUCAUUUUUGAACCGAGUUGAGUACUAGUUGACCGAGUUCCCAUUUUUGUCCUUAUGACUUUAACACAUUUCUCUCAGUUCAAACAUACACUCUGAUUCACGAACAGUAAUAUUUUUAAAAAUGAUUAUUGUUUUGUUCAAGCAGUAUUAACAAAAUCUACUAUUCACAAACACCUUAUUUUCAGCAAAAAAAAAACAGCCUUGUUUAAAACUAAAAUGACAAAUGGUAAACUGCUUACUGGUUUACCUAUUGCUGUUGAUUUCUGGAAAUUACCUCCAAGUAAUGGUUUAUUCAAGACAUACCUGUACUUUCUCACACAUUUGCAUACUGAUCAUACAAAAGGUCUAACAAGUACUUGGACAGAAACCAUUUACACAUCAAGUUUGAAUCGUGACCUAGCAAUCUCUAUGCUCAAAGUUAACCCUGAAUUGAUCAAACCAUUGGAAAUUGGUGUUAGUUACAAAAUGAGUUUACCACCUGAGUAUGGAAAAAGUGAUGAAAAUGGUAGCAGGUUUGUUUCAGUCACUCCCAUAGAUGCUAAUCACAUAAAAGGAUCAGUGAUGUAUCUAUUUGAAGGAAGUUUUGGCCGUCUACUUUACACCGGAGAUUUUCGAUGGUGUGAAUCCAUGAUUAACGAUCCUGUUUUAAAAAAUCUGUCAGAAAGCAAAGAUCUAAAUGUGUUAUACAUUGACAACACCUUUGAGUAUAUCGGCAAUGAGUUUCCUACGAGAGAACAAUGUACGCUAGAUGUUUUAAAGAUCAUGAAAAAUCAUCCGUACCAUCGAAUCAUAUUCGGAUGUCAGAGCAUUGGUAAAGAGGAUGUGUUGUUACAGGCUUCUUUAGAAAGGAAGGAGAAAGUGUAUGUUCCAGAAACUAUCUUGAAGUGCUACCGUUUGUUAGGUUUACCUUGCGAGGAAAUUUUCACCACAGAUCAAGCUGACAGCCUGCUUUGGUUUGAAAAAUUAAAUCAGAUUUCCCAAUUUGAUUUGAAGAAGAAGAAUUCUGAGAUGCCGACAAUUGCCAUCAAACUAACAGCAUCCGGAUUGCUGUAUAAGUCUUGUAAAUUCAAAGAUGAUGAGCUCAUUUUCACUGUGCCUUAUAGCAACCACAGUUCAGCGUCAGAACUGGCUAAAUGCCUCGAUUUUCUACAACCAGGCUUGGUUGAGCGUAUCGUAAGAACCAAUACCCAAAAACCGGGUUUGUCGAUCAUUGACAAAUUUCACAGCUACCUGGCCACCAUAAAAGCAGCUGAAAUGACCGACGACAUCACUUCCGAUUCGAUGGAAAUUAGCAGUUUUGAUAGCCCGGUUUUCAAUAGUCAGGCUCCCGAUUAUUUUUACUCAGCAGUCAGCCAAUUUCAAUCGCCAAUGCCUAUUGCGCCUACCGGAACGGAAGAUACAGCAUUAAGUGAAGACAUGGACGAAGAAUUGCACCUUGAAUUGGGAUCGCCUCGAAUACCCGUUGCUGCCCAAACGUCACCUUUACUUACCACAACAUCCGGAGAACUGGACGAGGUUGUCACUGAGGUCGAUUCAAUUGUUUUUUCAAUAUGCUCGGAUCUAGAUCAGUUUGGAGAAGAAAAUAACAAUGAGUAUACUUUAUACUCGGAUGCCUUCGAAAAGUUAAUGUCUUUGCACAAGAUUUAUCAGCCGUUCACAGACAUUCCUAUGCAAAAUUAAUGGAAUAGCAAACGUGUUCCUAUUACCCAAUUUCUGUUUUGUAUCUACCAGUCGCAACAAGUCAUAUAUUUAUGGAUUCAUUGGAAGUAAUACUAUAAAUAAUUGCAACAGCAUAUAAUUUGUGAAACUCUCAA